GUGUGCGCGCAGAGGUCCGUGCGUGGAGAAAUGUGUGCGUGCGUGCGUGCUUGCGCGUGUUUGCCGCGACGACGGUCGUACGGACCGGACGGUGAGAAAAUUGCGAUCGCGAGCGGAUGUGCAGCGAAAAUCCCGAAACGGCUCGCACCGGACGCGCGCACGUACGGAUCUUAUCUCGCACCCGGGGGCCCGACGUGAGUCGCGCGUUUCGCGCUGCGCCGACGACGACGACGACGACGACGAUGACGAUGAUGACGACGACGACGACGACGACGACGACGAUCCGAGAAUCGGCCCGAAUCUCAUCGCCGAGAAAGAGUGCUCUCCUUCGGUGUGCUCGUUAACGCGCUCCCCGCGUCUGCGAAAUUACCACGCGAAUCUCGUGUCCGGCGAACAAUUCUCGUUUCCGUUCCAUCUCGCGUGGAACGAUCCCAGUUGGCUCGUAAAUAAUGCUUGUUUAAUUAACGCUAACGACGCGCGAGAGUCUCGACUUUCACUGCUCGGGAUAGAUUGGAGAAGCAAAAAACCUUCAGAGUCGGAGUCAUGGAUCUCCAGGUACACGAGAUGUAUACUGUGCGUUGUCGCUUGACCAGGAGGAAAUAUUCAGAACGACGACUAUGGAGAGAACCCUCAACCCAUUCUUUGGAGAGGAGUUUCAGUUUGAAGUACCCAGAAAAUUUCGUUACCUUGGCAUUUACGUGUACGAUCGGGAUAGACAUUUAAAGCAGGAUAAGAUUUUGGGGAAGGUAGCAAUAAAGAGAGAGGAUUUAGCAACAUAUCAUAACAAAGAGCAUUGGUUUCCUUUGAAGCCAGUUGACGCUGAUUCUGAAGUCCAAGGCAAAGCACAUUUGGAACUAGCUUUGCAACCUCAAGUAGAACAUGCUCAGCCUAAACUUACAGUAAGAAUAAUAGAAUGUAGUGAACUAACCAUUAAAAAUGGUAGCUGUGAUCCCUUUGCAACUGUUACAGUCAUCUAUAGCAAUGGUAAGCAAAUAUCAAAACGCACAAAAGUUAAAAAGAAGACGUCGUCACCACAGUUUAACGAAACGUUCGUGUUUGAGCCGGAGUUGACAGAGACCAAGGACAAGGAUGUCUCUCAUUAUUCUAUCGAAGGAGCCGAGGUUGGAGAAGUGGUUGUUGGUCUGUGGCACGCAUCUCCCGGUAUGGGAGAGCAAUCGGUAUUUCUCGGUGAAGUACGGGUUACCCUGAGAGGGUUACAAAGGCAACCAACCAGUACAACAACCGCAUGGUAUUUUUUACAACCCAGAGCAGCGAAACAUCGUCCAAGUAAAAUUUCAAGCAAUUCAACACCACCUGGUACAUUACCGGGUUUGGGAUCGUUACGUUUGAAGAUACACUAUACAGCUGAUCAUGUCUUUCCAUCUGAAAAGUAUGACAGACUCAGGAUUCUACUGCUGCAGAGUGUCAACAUUCAGCCCAUAACAUCGUCGGCUGUUUACAUACUGGGUGAAAUUGUAGCUAGUAAAAUGGAAGCUGCGCAACCGUUAGUUAGAGUAUUGGUGCAUCAUGGACAACUGGUGUCUGUAAUGCGAGCGCUUGCUAGUCAUGAGAUUUCUAAAUUGACUGACCCAACAACAAUUUUUCGUGGUAAUACAUUAGUGAGCAAAAUGAUGGACGAAGGCAUGAGAUUAGCGGGUCUUCAUUACCUGCAUAGUACUCUUAGACCUGCAAUGGAACAAGUCUUCCUCGAAAAGAGGCCAUGCGAAAUAGACCCGACUCGGGUGAAGGAUGGCAAUACCAUCGAGACGAACUUGACGAAUUUAAAGGAAUACGUUGAGAGAGUAUUUACGGCCAUAACAACGUCGGGAGUAAGAUGUCCGCCUUUGAUGUGCGAAAUGUUCUGGUGCUUAAGAGAACUCGCCGCGACUCACUUUCCGAAGAACAAGGAGGUGAGGUACUCGGUGAUCAGCGGAUUUAUUUUUCUACGAUUUUUCGCUCCUGCGAUAUUGGGUCCAAGAUUAUUUGAUAUUACUACUGAACAAAUUGAUUCGCAAACUAAUAGAACAUUAACACUAAUAUCUAAAACAAUUCAGAGCCUUGGGAACUUGGUGUCUUGUAGAGGAGGCGCGGGUAGCGUUUGCAAAGAAGAGUACAUGGAGUGCGUGUAUAGAGAAUUUUACACUGAGAAACAUAUUCAAGCUGUUAAGCAAUUUCUGGAGUUAAUAUCAACCAGUAGUAACAGUAGCGGUGUCACGCGGCAACGACCAACGAUGUUGCAGGAGCAACCAGUGGUACUCAAAGAAGGAAUAUACUUUCUCUUUAUGCAUACCGCUGAUUGCGAUAAGAGAGUAAUGAUUAAGAGGGCACAAGGUAGAAAGCGAUUCGGUCGCAAGAAUUUCAAGCAGAGAUAUUUUAGACUCACUACACAAGAUCUGACGUAUUCUAAAACGAAAGGUAAAGAACCUUUGUGUAAGAUACCACUAGAGGAAAUUUUAGCGGUGGAAAGACUUCACGAGGAUUCCUUCAAGAUGAAGAAUAUGUUCCAAAUUGUUCAACCACAAAGAGCAUUGUACGUUCAGGCUGGCAAUUGUGUGGAGGAGAAGGAAUGGAUCGACAUUCUUACGAAAAUCUGUCAAACCAACAGCAACCGCUUGGAAAAGUACCACCCAAGCGCGUACAUUAAUGGUCACUGGCUUUGUUGCCGGGCAGUUGCUGAGAUUGCACCAGGGUGCAGUGAGGUAUCACCGGGCGUAGAAGCUGGGUUACGAAUGGUCCUGGAUCCGGAUCGCGACUUGCAGAGGAUACACUCGUUAAUCUUCACUAAUAUGCCGCGCCUUGAGACAUUGAUGAGUGCAUGUGAAUGCCAGGCGGUUUAUGGUGCUAGUGAUAUGUGUGUUAUACCUGACGGAGGUUCGCCUAUCGAAGAUGUACCUUCUUGUUUCAAGACUUUAAACGCAUUAAGAGAAGCCGCGUACGCGUUGGAGCACGAACACAGAGCCUACUUGAGAAGACUGGCACGCGACACCAAAUAUGGCAGCAAACAAGCUCCCAUUGGUGAUGACAACUACCUCCACUUAGCUAGUAGAGCAGGAUUCGAUAAUCAGUUAACGAAGCGGUCAUACGAGAUGGACGGUCUAAAUCAACGAGGCAUAGAGACGGAACAUUACGAUACGGGAUAUUCGAAGAAAAUCGUCGACAGCCAGAGAUACGACGAUACAUUCAGGAAGUAUCUUGAUUCUGACUCUAUCAAUCGUAGGUACGAAAACGAAAACAACUUGUUGCGAUCAUACGAAAACAAUGCCGAUACUAUUAGGAGUAUCCAAAAUGAUCUCAAGAAAUUCGAUCAUAGUUUAAAUAAUACAUUAAGAUCUGAUAAGUCGGAGAAGAACGGUAACGAGAAUAUGGAGAAUCACAAAAGGCUGGAUAGUACCAGUUUAUUAACAGCGGAUGGUAUUAAUCUGUCAGGUACAUUGUCGCAGAAAUUCAGUAAUUAUGAUAACACUAGAAUGUUAGACGAAUGUACGUUGACGAGACGAUUAAAAGACGACGCCCUUGACAUAUCUUGUAACUCAAUGAGCGAGCGUGGCAAUCAUUAAUUUAUCUACGAUGUAAAGAUACAAGAGAGUUGUACGUUCCUAUAAAUUUUUUAAAACAGAAAGAUUCUCGACGAGAAGAUUUUAUAUAUUGAUUUUUU